AUGGCGUCCCCCAAAAGCCGGGCCAAGAAGAAGCCGCCUAAAGACAGCAUGACGCUGCUGCCGUGCUUUUAUUUUGUAGAGCUCCCCAUCGUCCUGUCCUCCCUGGUGUCUCUCUACUUCCUGGAGCUGACCGACAUCUUGCCCCCCGCCCUAGUGGGCUUCCGUUGCCAUGACCGCCAGCUGUCCAUGCCUUACGUGGAGACGGGAGACGAACUUAUUCCUCUUCUGAUGCUGCUCAGCCUGGCCUUUGCUGGACCUGCAGCCUCUAUCAUGAUGGGCGAGGGCCUCAUGUACUGCAUGCAGUCCAAACUGAAGACCUGUCCCAAGACUGAGAGCAGCAUCAACGCUGGAGGCUGCAACUUUAACUCCUUCCUGCGCAGGACCGUGCGCUUCGUUGGUGUGCACGUGUUUGGUCUCCUAGCAACAGCCCUGGUGACCGAUGUCAUCCAGCUGGCCACCGGCUACCACGCCCCUUUCUUCCUCACCGUCUGCCAGCCCAACUACACGGCGCCCGGCGUGUCAUGUGACCACGCCGCUUACGUCACGCAGGACGUCUGCACGGGCAAGGACCAGUACGCCAUCUUGUCGGCCAGGAAAACUUUUCCAUCCCAGCAUGCAACGCUCUCCGGCUUUGCGGCGGUCUACAUUUCUAUGUACUUCAAUGCCAGCAUCAGUAACAGCACCAAGCUCCUCAAACCCUUGCUGGUGUUCACAUUCUGCAUGGCGGCAGGCCUGGCGGGUCUCACCCAGAUCACGCAGCAUCGCAGUCACCCCAUCGACGUCUACGUGGGCUACGUCAUCGGGGCGGGCAUCGGCGUCUACCUGGCCGUCUAUGCGGUGGCAAACUUCAAAGCGUCCGAAGAAGAUGCCUCACCUCAUCCCAAAAUGCUGUCGGCACAGCAGAAGGACACCCUGAGGGUGCUGAGUCAGCGCGGUCACGACUCCCUCUACAGGAAGACCCCCCGCGUGUCGGAGAGCAGAGAGGAGAUGGGCAUGGCCAUGGCCUCGGGGUCACGCAGCAAGGUGAGGCGGGAGAAAGCCUCACUGACCUCCCUGAAGCGAGCCAGCGCCGACGUGGAGCUCCUGGCCACCCGCGGUCCCAUGGGCAAGGAAACCAUGGUGACUUUCAGCAACACUUUGCCCAGGGUGGCCAACGGCAGCAGCCCCAUCUCGCCCUCCGAGGAGCAGACCACAUCUCAGCGCCACAUGACCUUCCACGUGCCCUUCGACCCCCAAAGGUCCAGGCAGCUGGUGUCAGAGUGGAAGCAGCGCUCGCUGGAGCUGCGCAGUCAGAGCUCUCGGGACGAAGAUGAGGGUGAGAACGGAGCUGAGGGUGUGAACACCGGGGACCAGGAUGGCGGGGAAGUGGGCGACAAGGGGGUGCCGGCCUCUCUUUACCCUAAAAUCCAAGCCAACAAGGGCAUGUCCACACCUACUACAGCCAGGAUGGUGGUGGCCCCGCCCCUGGUUCACAUCCCCGAAGAGGCCACACGUCCACCGCCCGUCUCCCCCAAGAGCGCCAAGACUCGCGCCAAGUGGCUGUUGCUCACAGAAGGGGGCGGGGCUAAGGAGCCAAGUGUGGGGCCCAUUGCUGUGUCGACCCCCCGGGUGCCCAAUACGCUGCCUGCUCAAGCUCCGAGUCAGCCAAGAGUCACUCAGGUGAUGGUGAUGUCCAAGCAGCAGAGCCAUGGCGGGGUCACCUCGGAGGGCGGCUCCUCCUCCGGUGGCGGCUCCAACUCCUCCGAGUCACCCUACUACCGCAUCCCUUCCGACCGGGACAGCUGCAUUAGCAGCAACCCCGGCAGCAUCGCCGGCAGCAUGGCUGGCAGCGGCAGCAUCGUUACCAUCGACGCCCACGCCCCCCACCAUCCGGUGGUGCGCGUGACAGCCGUGAACGGGAAGCCAUGGGAGUGGAGGAACACCAUCAGUGGCAACUUGAUGGGCGGUGACACGUCGGUGGAUAAACACCGCGGCAUUCUGCAGCGACCGGACAACGCCCCACUUUACCGCGACUACCGGACACUUCCGGUUAAAAAGGAGUUUCUGGGGGUUGAUGCUGAGCUGCCGCUACCGCCACCGCCCCUCCCCACCGCCUCCUCCCCUCUUCCUCCCCCGCCUCAGCUGUCAUCACCCCAUCUACCGCCGCCCCCUCCACAGUCUUCUUCUUCCUCGCUACCCCCACCUCCUCACCCUUCUCACAUGACUCUCCCGUCUCGCCCAUCCUCCCAGGUGUCGUCCUCUCAGCCUUUGCCUCCUCCCCCGCUCCCUUCCUCCACCAUGCCACCCCCGCCCCUUCCCCACCCUUCGUUCUCAGCCGUGCUCCCGCCUCCCACUCACCCCGACCUGUUAAUGGAUAGCCACAUGCUGUCCCGCUCGUCCACGCUGCCCCGCCGUCCCUCCGUGUCGGCCCGCAGCCAUGCCGAGCAGGAGCAGUACUACAAGGCCCUGCAGAACGAGCGCAUGCUAUAGUAGGCGACUGGCGGGGUGUGGGGGGGAGGACUUGAACAACGCAAGGGUAGCUUGUACAGUACAAGGACUUUUUAUUUAGAAUGAUUUUUUUGAAUCCUGACUGGCAGCUUCGGUCAAGGUUGAGCUUCGCCAAAGCGCCUGCUGUCACAAGAAGAGAAAGCAGAUCAAAGACAUAAAGGAAGAAUUCCCCUUUGGCUUCCACGAGCUUCUCCAAAGUGAGAGCAAAGCAACUGAGGAGGAGAUACGACUCAGACCUCGGAUUUGCUCAAUCUGUUUUCCUUUGAGAGGGCGAAGAAAGCCGAGGAAAACAAAACAACCUCAGGCUGCAUUGGCUUCGUCAAACUGCUGCCGACUCAACUCGUGGUGUCUCAGAAGGAUCAUUAAACGGAUCAUGGCGUUAUCAGUCUGCAACCUUCUGUGCGAUAUUUAAACAACGAAUUUGAAGCUUGAUCCGAGCAAACGUGUGCAGGGAGAGGAAGCAGCUGUGCAUCCCAAGCCAGGCGUCAAGGAAUGGCUCAAUGACCGCAAAACAAACGACUCGGCUAAAGUGUUCACUGAACAUAGCUGAUUGGCCUCUGCUCGCCUCUGGGAGUCUGCACCGAGAGGCUGGGAGGUGCUUCACACUUUUGGUAUGCAUUCAACAAACUGCCAUUGCUCUGGUUGUUUCCCGGGACAAUGGCAUCCCAACCUUUGGUGGGAACCAAGACAAGUGGACAAUAGCCACUUGAACGGGUGGCGAACUCUGAAGUCUGGUUCACUUGAGCACUGCUUGUUCAAACGAGUCAGGAAAACGCAUAGUUUAAAAAAAAAAAAGAUUGGAGUCUCAUUUAUAAAGCUCGUGUGCGCACAAAACAAGGCCGUAAGGUUGUGUACCAUGUUUUCCACGCAAAGUUUGUGAUAUAUAAAAAGUUAAACCACUCAUUUGGGAUGAAUGGUUCUGGGUUUUCUGGCUUACGAGACUUCCACGCACAGUUUUACAGAUGAUUGUCAGAAACCUGGAGCGGACAAGACUGAAUUGUGUAACGUAAUACGCGACAAAACAUGGUCCAACCAGCUCUUGCAUUCUUUUGUGUAGUCGAAAAGUCCGAAUCUUAAACAGGAACAAUAGAGUUUGUUACAACAGUUUUAAUUACUCACAAUCAGAUAACACAAAGUUGGAUUGAAUCAAUAUGUUCACAGAGACAAUGUCUUCGAAGACGAAAGAUGGUGCACCCUCGUGAAGGAAGUAGGAAAGAGCACACACCACAGGCUUGGUCUUCCCUUCUUAUUUAUACACUCCAUGAUGACCUGAUUUCUAUCAUAACAACUUAUGUAACUGUCCGAUGUUCAGGGUGACUUGACCUCUCAUGUCGUGUCCUUCCCAAUGUAUCUCGGUGAAAGUUACCCAAAACAGAUUUAGGACAGAAAUCAGCCACUACAUUUGUACUGGUCAACCUUUGGUCUAAUGAUAAAAUACUAAUGUGAGAGUUAAGCGAAUUGGACAAAAUUAGCGUACAAUGUUUUUUCGUACUGAUGUACAUACCAGAGUACCGAGCUUCUAAUGUAAACCGGCCUAUUAAGCCCUGGUUUUACCGAGUUUUAAUCCAGGCUCGGGAUCUUUCUGUGUGGGGUUUGCAUGUUCUCCCCGUGAACAUGGAACUAAACCGAGACAGGAUACAAUUUAGCUCAAUGAGGAGAAACGUCUGGGCUGUACUUUUAUUCAGUCUUCCACCACGCUUUCUGACAAGAGAGUUCUAUGCCUCCUCUUUUAUUUGGACUUUCCCUGAUUACAUAGCAUCAGCUGUAUCUAAAGGGAAGGGGGUUGUAAACAUCUGUUGGCCUCGGUCACAAAACAGUUCAAAGAAUGAUGCGUCAGGUCCUGCUUCCUCUUCGCUUUGUAGAUCUCGGGUCAGGAUCUUCCUGUGGAUCACAAUGGAUCAAAGAAACAUCGUACACAGUGGGGUUUUACAGACCAUAUCACGUGUUAUUCGCACCCAGAGGGGAAAAAAAACAUUGUGUGUCAGGAUCAAACACUGAUGACAUCUGUUAAACAGACAAGAAGCAAGGAACUAAACAGAGACAGGAUACAAUUUAGCUCAAUGAGGAGAAACAUCUGGGCUGUACUCUUAUACAGUCUUCCACCACGCUUUCUGACAAGAGAGUGCUAUGCCUCCUCUUUUAUUUGGACUUUCCCUGAUUACAUAGCAUCAGCUGUAUCGAAAGGGAAGGGGGUUGUAAACAGCUGUUGGCCUCGGUCACAAAACAGUUCAAAGAAUGAUGCGUCAGGUCCUGCUUCCUCUUCGCUUUGUAGAUCUCGGGUCAGGAUCUUCCUGUGGAUCACAAUGGAUCAA